UUCAGCAACAUUGCAUUCUAUCCACUGAAAUAUUUAGAGAAAUUCUUGUUGAAAAUGCCUAAAGCAUGGUUCACUCCCCAACAGUACAUACAAGCAAGGCAGUAUACAUGGCAAAAACUGGAGAAGGAUAAAAAUUUAGUUUUAGUGGACAUACCAGAGAAUGAAAAGAUAACAUACUUCAAUAGGCCCAAGAAGGAAAUUAAGAAAAGCCAGUAUGACAUUCUCUUUCACUUUGAACAUGGAUGGGAUCAGAAGAUGUGGCGCUCUGACCGCAGUAAUCCAAAGAUUUUUCAAGAUGGCAUACACAAUGAGGAAGAAGAACGAAUAGUACCAGUGCUUACAUCUUCAAUAUAUGGACACAGAAGGACUAACCUGGAGGGAAAGUCAUUGUUUGUGAACAAGCGAUUCCAGUCUACAAGAGAGUUCUACAGAGUUAAUAGUGUCAACAUGAAACCUUCCCAUGGUUUACCGAAGGACCAAAGCACCAACUGUGAAAUGUAAUUUUGUUAAAAUACAAUUAAAUAAAAUUUUUGUUUGUAUCUAAUUUUG